AAAAAAAAAAAAUUGUACCUAACAACAACAACAACAACAACACGGAGUGCUAAAACGAUGUCGCACAAGUUCAGCUCCAACGAAGAAGAAGAAGACGACAACGACGACGACGACGACGACGAAGACGACGUAGAAGCAGGAGGAGGAGCAGCGGGAGCGGGAGCGGGAGGAGGAUUCUUGCCCAACUUCAUCUGCUGCACGUCGACGUCCAGCUGCGUCUGCCUGAAGAAGUUGCCCCUGCUGGAUGUUGCGGAGGAUGUGGUCAUGCUGCAGCUGGCACAGAAUGGCAACAAGGUUGACUACGAGCCGAAUGUUGCCGUUGCCGUUGCCGGAGUCUUGGUGGAGCAGCAGCAGCAGCAGCAGCUGCCGGAGCCGAGCUAUAAAUAUGGCGCCUAUCGCAGCAGAUCGGCGAAUCAGCUAACGCAGCGGCAGGAUCAGGUGGUUGAGGGCGAGGCCAAUGAGGCGGAUGACGACGACGAGGAGGAUGUGGACGAUGACGACGACGACGACGACGAGGAGGAUGCGGAUGCGGAUCCGGAUGCGGAUGAUGAUGAUGAUGAUGACGAUACCACGCCCACCACGCCCUAUACGUACGCGAACGAAAGCCCGAGCGAUUAUCGACCCGGCGGCUAUCAUCCCGUAAAUGUGGGCGACGCGUUCCAUCAGCGUUAUUUUGCGAUCAGCAAACUGGGCUGGGGCCAUUAUUCGACCGUGUGGCUGUGCUACGAUACGCAAAGGAAUCGCUAUUGCGCCGUCAAGCUGGUCAAGUCGGCGCUCCUGUAUGCGGAAUCGGCGCGGCACGAGAUCCGGCUGUUGCGGCACAUCGCCCAGCUGGGCUGGCAUCCGUUGCGGGAGCGUCUCGUCAAUCUGACGGACAAUUUCAGCACCAGCGGCAUCAAUGGCACCCAUCAAUGCCUCGUCUUCGACGUGCUCGGCGACAAUAUGCUGAUGCUGAUCCAGCGCAGCGGCUAUCAGGGCCUGCCGCUCUACAAUGUCAAACAGAUCGCCUAUCAGGUGCUCCAGGGUCUGUAUUUGCUGCACGAUCAGGGCAAUCUGAUACACACGGAUCUGAAGCCGGAGAAUGUGCUGCUCGUGGCGGACGAUGUGGCGCUGCGCAGCCAGGCGGUUGAGGCGUCCGGCAAGUAUCUGCUGGAGCAUGCCCAGCAGCAGCUGCUCCUAAUCCGCAAUAACGAGGAGGGCGAGGCGGAGGGAGAGGAGACGAAGCUGAGCAAGACGGCCAAGCGACGGCUGCGCACCAAGACCAAGCAGAGCGUCAGCUUCUUUCGGACGCAUCGCAAGUGGCUAAGGGAGCGCGGCAUUGCGGAUCUACUGCAGCUGGCCCGGCACGGUCUGCUGACGUCCAAAAUGGCCAUCGAUGCGGUUACCAAUCAGCUGCCCUUCCUCGCCUACGACGGACCGACCAUACUGAACGACGCCGAGCUCCAGCAGCUGCAGUCCGAACAAUUCACGGAACAGGUCGGCGAUACGGCGCAGCAGCCCCAACCCCAGCCCCAAUCCCAGCCCCAGCCCCAGCCCCAAUCCCAACCCCAACCGGAAUCCCAACCCCUGGCGGGUAAGAAGCGCGGACGGGAACGUCGCCCGGAGACGGGCUCGAAGGCGAUGAAGCUGCUCAACAGCAGCCCGGAGAAGUUUAUGCGCUUUGUCCAGAAGUGCAUCGAGCGGGACGAAAAGGAGGAUAACGAACCCUUUCAUUCCAGCAGCAAACGUAUCAAAAUCAAAAAGCCAGCCAAAAAACCGAGCAAGCUGCUCCAAGUGGAGCAAUCGCAACAACAAUCGAUGACAGCGCAACCGAAUCUAAAUCUAAUCAAAAGGACGGAUCCCGCCUUGGAGCCGUGCAAACUGAAGGUGGCCAUUGCCGAUGUGGGCAAUGCCUGUUUUAUCGAUCAUCAUGUCACCGAGGAUAUACAGACGCGCGAAUAUCGCGCCAUUGAGGUUAUAUUGGGCGCCGGCUAUGAUACGUCAGCGGAUCUGUGGAGCGCCGCCUGCCUAUUCUGGGAGCUGGCCACCGGUGAAUAUCUGUUCGAGCCAAAUAAAUGGCGCGGCGAUGCCACGCAGGAUGAGGUCCAUGUGGCGCACAUUAUCGAGACAUGCGGUCCCAUACCCAAGCACCUAAUCGAACGUGGCGAAUAUUCGGCGGAAAUCUUUGAUGCCGAUGGCCAGCUAUUGAAUAUCAAAAAUCUCGAUAUACAUCCAUUGAACCAGGUGCUAAUGGAGCGCUAUAAUUGGUCGCCAAACGAUGCCAAGGAAUUCGCUGAAUUUCUAAUGCCAAUGUUAUGCACGGAUCCGUUGCGUCGCGUCUCCGCCUAUGCGGCCAUCAAUCAUCCGUGGCUAUUGCUGGAUGAGGAGCCACGGGAUAGCCACAAUUCCAAAUAGAUGCGCGGGGA